AUGAAUGCGACAAGUGUGGAAAUCGUAGGAGGGCAAUUGGGGGAUGCGGGCGGCCGUGAUGAUGACGCGGACGAGGAGCAUGCUGACGUGGACAGGGAAGGCGCUCAAUCAGACCAUCAAGAAGGCGCGGCGGAGGGGGAGGCGGAAGAGGGAGAGGCGGAGGGUGAAGAGCAGACGGACGAGGGAGAGGAGGAAGGAGAAGAGAGAGGAGAGGGAGACGGGGAGGAGGCGGAUGAGGAAGGAGAGAAAGGAGAGGAAGACUUGCUCGCCAUUUCUACAGACGACAUCGCGGGCCCCAUCGACUUGCUUGACCGCGUUGACUGCGUUGACCCCGCUGACUCCGUGCGCAGCGACUCCGUUCACCACGUUGACCGCGUUGACCGCGUCGACUGCGUUGACCCGAUGGAUGGCAUGGGGUGCCUCGACGGGUUGGAGACGCGCUGCCUCGCGGAUUUCGAGGACAUGCUGCCCGCAGGCGACGCGCUCGACAUGCUGGGCGACGAUUGCCUGUUGGCGCUGGGCGCGGGUCUCUUUGCGGACGACCUCGCCUCGUUCCUGCCCAUGCCGCCGCAUCACCCUUCCAGCCAUGCUAGGCCCUCCUCUGCCGCGGGCGCUUCCGCCCCCUCCGCGCGCGCUCCCCCGCACGCUGCGUCUGUGGCGGGCAAGACGAGGCGCGCGCCUCACAGCAACGCCGCUGGCCUCCGGAGGAGCGCCAAGGGCGGGAGCUACGGCAGUGGCAACAACAAUGGCAAAAGCGACGGCAAGACAGGUGGCGGAUCCAUGGCGAUUUCUGUGGCUCGAAAGGAUUUGAUGUGCGAUCAGGAUGGCUACUCCGGAAGCCCUAUCUCCACUCUUGCUCCUCUGCACUCCUCCUACUCUCUCCCCUCCCCCUCCUCCCCUCGCUCCCCGCCCUCCCGCUCCCCCCGCUCCCCUUCCGCCCGCGCUCCCUCCGCCUCCCCUUCCGCCCGCCCGCCCUCCCCCUCCCCGCUCGACCGCCUCUUGCUUUCCCCCAUCCCCGGCAAACGGCCGAGAUCUCACCGGCCCUUCGCUCGUGGGCGAACCUGGACCGUUGAUCUGCUGAACGAUCUGCUCCAUCCGACGGAGGAGACGUACGCGCCAGAGCACGAAACGGACGAGCAAUGGUUGUCAGACCAGGAGCAGCAGCGGCGGCAGCAGUGGCGGCGGCGGCAGGAGCAGGAGGAGCAGGAAGAGGAGGACGACGAGGGAGAGGAGGGGCAGGAGUGGGAGCAGCAAGAGCACUCGCGGGUUCGAGCUUAUAACGGGUAUUUUCGCGCGAGCAAGCAGUACGGCGCGUCCGCGCAGAGUGGAAGGAACAGGAAGCACAAAAAGGCGCAGACUGAGCAGAGGGGCAGGCAGAAGGGCAAGGGGAGGCCGCCUUACACGGGGAGACCCAGAGGUCUGCCGAGUCUCUCUGGUGCUUCGUCAUUGGCUGGCGAAAUUGGUACUGGUGGUAACAUGGCGACGGCACCAAUCUCGUCAGCAGCGGCGAAAGGCCCUGCCACUCCCUCUGCUUCCACCGACGCUACUGCUGACGGUACUUCCCUUGCCGCCGCUGCUGCCGCCGCCGCCGCCGCCGCCGCUACUGGCGAUUCCGCUGCGAAUGCGAAUGCGAAUGCGACAGCAGCAGCGGCAGCGUCGAACGGUGCUGCUGGUGGUGUUGUGCGGCGCUGCCUACACUGCUCCGUUACGAAAACCCCCCAGUGGCGCGCAGGGCCGUACGGGCCCAAGACGCUGUGCAACGCGUGCGGAGUGCGCUACAAGUCCGGGCGGCUGUGCGCCGAGUAUCGCCCCGCGAAUUCCCCCGAGUAUGUCGCGGAAAAGCACUCGAAUUCCCACCGUCGGAUCGUAGAGAUGCGGCGCUCUGUGAUCGCCACGUGGCAGCAGCUGCGGCGGGUUGGGGACGGGGGUGAGGAGGAGGGGGAGGAGGGGGAGGGGAUGGGUGGGGAAGUGGGUGAGGAGGGGACGGUGAGGGCGGAGGAGAGGAUGAAUGGGAGGGUGAGAGAGGUGAAAGUAGAAAGGGGAGACGCUUGUGUGGGGGUGAGUGAGAGGGGAGAGGAGAGUGAGGGGGGUGAGGGGGGUUUGACUGGGGAAGGGAGUGAGGCGGGUUGGGGAGGGUUUAAAGGGGCGGAGGGAGGGUUUUUGUCUCCUUUCUUUGAGUAUCGAUGCCAGUAUAAGAAGGGAGGAGGGAGGAGGAGAAAGCGAGUAGUGGAGGAGGAGGAAGAAGAGGAAGGGAGGGAGUGGGAUGAUGAAGAGGAUGAGGGAGAGGAGGAGGGAGAGGAGGAAGAGAUGGAGGAGCAGUGGGAGGAGAGAGAGGAGCGGAGGGAGAGGGGGGAGGAGUGGAAGGGACCGAAGCGGCUGCAGAGGCUCGGCAAGGCCCAGGGGCAAGAGCAGAGGUUCGGGGGAGGUAGGGGCGGAAGGCGGAGGCUGGGGCAGGCGGGGGAGCAGGGCGCGGGGCAGAGGGUGGGGCAGGUGGAGGGAAAGGGAGAGGGGGAGCGGGUGCGGGAAGGGCGGGAACACGGACAGGAGCAACUAAGAACGGAUUUAUCUGCGUCUGGAAAGGGACGGAAAUUUGCUGGUUCGAACCAGGCAGGUUUGAAACAGGCAAGGGUGGUAAAUGCUGGUGAGAGAGCAGGCGAAGGGGAAGGGGAGUGGGCGGGGGAGGCGGAGGCGGAGGAGGGCGGGCGGAAGGGGAAUGCAAGGAGGUUGGGAAAGCAACUGGAUAGGGGGGAAGGGAUGCAAGGGGAGAAGGGCGGAUGGAGGAGUGGGGAAAAGGGGGAAGGGGAAGGCGCGGUGGGGAAAGGCAAGGAGGGGAAGGGCAAAGAGGAAACCAACAAGGAGGGGAAGGGCAAGGUAAGUGGGAAUGAGGGGGAGAGAGAGAGUAGGGGCUGGAAAAAGAGACGCGCUAUUGAGGGACCCGAUUGUAGUGAGAGUGUGAUAGGUAGUGUCGGUCAUGCUGGAAAGAAAAGCAAACUCGCCGAUGUGACUAUGAAGGAUGUGACUGUAAAAGAGGUGACUGUGAAGGAGGUGGCGCUGUUUGCAGUGGGCAAGGGUGGGCGGCUGAGAGUGAGGAGGGAUGUGAGAAGGGGAGAGGUGGAGGGUCCAUUGGUGGUGCAGGUUGUAACGUCUCUCUUCCCUUCCAGCACGAAGGGUACAAAGAGGGGAUGGGAGAGCAAGGGCAGUGUGAGCAAGAGCGGGGGGUGCAGGGGAGCAGGGAUGAAGGAGGGACAGGGGGAGGUGCAGAGGGCGAGAGUUGGUGGUAAGGUGGCUGGCCUGGGCGGAGGAGUGAAGGUGCGAUUCUCACUAAGGAAAGUGCCCGGGCAUGGGGGAGGGAGCAGGGGCAAGCCCAUUGGUGCGGCCACAGUCAAGCCUAUUAGCGGAGGUACAGGCAAGGUGGCAAGUGGGGCUGCAGGGAGCACGUCCAGUGGACUUGUGAAGUGUGAGCAGUUGGGGGGGAGACCGGCAGGGUUUGAGAUAGAGCAAGACGCACUGCAGCAGAAGGAGGAGCAGCAGCAGCAGCAGCAGCAGCAGCAGCAGCAGGUGCUUUCGCAUGGCAAGGACUCGGCUGUGAACUCCAUCCUCCUCCCCACCGAACCUGCUUCUCUACAAGCUGCUUCGUUAGAAGCUGCUCCACUCCCUCUGCGGCCGAGCCGUGGUGAAGCGGACUGCCUGCUGCUGGUGAACCCGUGCCCUCCGCACGGGUCCGAGUCCAUUCUUCUGCCAUCUCUCACCCCUAGUGCAACCGUGCCGAUUUUCGAGUCGACUCAAAGCGUGAACCCGUGCCCUCCGCAUGGAUCCGAGUCCCUUCUCCUGCCGCCCCUUAACCCAGGGGCAAUCGCCUUUGAUUCAGGGCGGCCCGACGUCAACUCGGGAAAGGUCGAGCUCAACACAGGGAGGGUCGAGCUCAACGCAGGGAGGGUGGAUAUCCCCUACAACUCUGAAGUGCUCCCAGGAGCUCCGUUUGAGCCGGAGAUGGAUGUAGUGCGACUGGAGUGUGAGCUGCUGCGGGUGCAUGUGGGGUUUGAGGCGCAUGAGGAGCGUGCAAUGGAGAGUAGCGUUGCUCCGGAUGCCAAGCCGCCAGUGCCACGGGAUUGUGCGGCAAUGACAGCCGGAGAGGUGGCAGCAGUAGGAGGGAUUGCAAGUGGAGUGGUUGACAGCAAAGCAGUUAUAUGCAGCGUGGCAGACGGGGGGAAGGACCCUGAGACCGUCCUUUCUGACCUCAAGCCUGCUGCUGCUGCUCCCGCUCCUACUGCACCUGUUCCUGCUGCUGCGGUUCCUGUUCCCGCUGCCUCUCGUGCUGCUUCUCCUGCCUCGAUCGUCCUCCUCCUCCGACUCUCGCUCCAUGACGGAGAUCCGGUGCCGAGUGCAGGAACAGCACCCAACGCUGCCGCCUCCCUCCCCUCCCUCUGGGCGCGCCUCUCCGACCGCCUCUCCCAAGCCUUCCGCGCCCUCCUCUCCCCUCCCCCCUCCCGCGCCUUCCGCUCGUCCCCCGCGCUCCCCUCGUCUCGAACCUCCCGCUCCGCCUCUUCCCCUUCCGUCGCCUCCCCUUCCGCCACAGCCCCCUCCGCCUCUUCCCCUUCCGUCGCCUCCCCUUCCGCCACAGCCCCCUCCGCCUCUUCCCCUUCCGCCACAGCCCCCUCCGCCUCUGCAAAAUCUUCCCCCUACGCGAAGGAGAAAGCGGAUGUGGGGGGAGGGGAGGAGGGCUCGGAAGAGGCGGGCGGCGGGGGAAGGGGGAGCAGUCUGGCGCGGCUGGUGGGGGAGGUGCGCGCCAAGGGGUCGCUGCUAGAGGCGGCGGACGAGGCGCUGGAGGAGGAGAGCCGCCGCCUGCAGAGCAAGGCGGACGAGUUGGCGGCGUCUAUCCGCGGGCGCCUCUCAGUCGAUGACGUUCAAGCAGUGGUGGGCGCGGCGGUGGGGAACGUGCAGGCGGAGCUGGUGCGCGCGCGGCGGCGGACGAAGCAGCUGCUGUCGCAGCUGGAGAUUAAGGACACGGAGCUGCGCGUGCGGCGCGAGGAGUGGGAGAAGGAGCGCGCCGCCAUGGUCGCCACGCUCGAUGCGCUCGUUCGGAAAGGCACGCUCGGGGGAGCGGGCGCAGCAGGAGCAGGGGGCGCAGGGGGCGCAGGGGGAGAAGGGGGAGCAGCAGGAGCGGUAGGGGACGGAGGAGAGGUGUUAGGAAGUGGCGAUAGAAUGGGAAGCGGGGGUAUAGGUGGAUUGGCGCCUGUUGAGGCGAUGACACGUGGCAUGAGCCUGACAGACGCAAUGAUGAGAAUCCUAUCCCUAGAGGCGGCUGUAGCGCGGACGGAGGAGGCGGAGCAGGCUACCUCCAUGCGGCUAGAGCGCGUUGCUGACGUGUUAGGGCGGGAGAUCGCGAAGCUGAGAAAGGAUAAGAAGUCGAUCGAGAUCCGCGCGCAGAUGCUGACGUGGCGGCUGGAGAUGAUGCAGCAGAAGCUGGAGGGGCUGUUAGGGGGGCUGAUGGAGAUCAGGGGCGCGCUGAUUGGUGGAAAGGUAGAGCUGGGGGUUCAGCUAUUGGAGGAGCUUGUAUUUGAUGUGGAGACCUGGACUAGGCAAGGGAGGAAGCUUAUGGAGAAAGAGAUUGCUGGGUGGGAAGGGGGGAAAGGGGCUGGGGGAAAAAGGGAGAGAGAAGGGAAAAUGGGGCAGGCAGGGAGGAAGGAGGAAGGGGAGGGGCGGGAGGGAGAGGGGGGUGAGGUGGGAGAUGGGGGAGUGGAGGGAGAGGGUGGUAGAGGGAGUGUGAGGGCUGGGUGGUGGAAGGAGGGUCCGCCGGGGGAGUGGAGUGUGUAUGAGGAGAGAGAGGAUGGGCGGCUGGUGGAGCUUGGGGAGGAGAGGAGGGAGCAGGAGGUGAGGAGGAAGAAAGAGGAGGAGGAGAGGAAGAGAGAGGAGGAGAGGAAGAGGGAGGAGGAGAGGAGGAAGGUAGAGGAGGAGGAGGCGGCUAGGGAGGCGGAGGAGAGGAAGAGGCGGAUAUUGCUUGAGGAGAGUGAGAAGGAGAAGGGUGGAGCAGUAGAAGAGGAGGAUGGAGAGGAAGUGAGUGAGGAGGAGGGGAAGAGUGAGAGUGAGAGGGGAGGAGGGCCAGUAGAGGGCCCUGUUCCACAGGGUGAUGACGUGGGCCAAUCAAAAGAGAAGGCUGAUUUGGGCCAAUCACGAGAAGAUGCUGACGUGCAGUUAGGGGACGGCGAGGCAGGAGAGAGGGAAGGUGGGGAGGAGGAAAGGAAUGGAGAGGAGAGGAGUGUAGAGGAGAGGAGUGAGGCGGUGAGUGAACCGGAUGCAGGGCAACAAGGCGGGGAGGAGGAGGGGAUGCAAGAGAAAGGGGCUGAAGGCGAAGCAGUUACUCAAGAGGAAGGGGAAAAGAGGCUUGGAGACGAGGGGGGGAGGCGAGAGGAGGGUAAGCACGAGGAGGGUGGCAGUGGAGGUGAUGGAGAGGCGGGUAGUGGUGAGGGGUGGGAUGGUGGGCUAGCAGACGACACUGUUGAGGGUGAGAGAGGUGCCGAGGAGGAUCAGGAGAGGGGAGUCGAGGAAAAGGAAGGCGAGAGGAACGCUGAGGAGGAGAGGGAGAAAGGGCCGAUUGAGAAGGAGGAGAGAGGAGCAGAGGAGCAUGGAGAGGAGAAAGUAGAUAGUGAGGAAGGGAGGGAGGCAGAAGAGGAGGCGAGUGCAGUGGGAGGGGGCAGUGAGAUAGAAGAGGAGGCGAGUGCAGUGGGAGGGUGCAGGGAGACAGAAGAGGAGGGUGGAUUAGCGCAUGAGGAGGUGCAAGUAGAGCAGGAGUGCGGUGGAGAGGGAGCGGGAGGGGUGCAAGAGGGUGAACCUGACGUUUCAUCUUCUGAAGGAGCUUCAAAGGAAGGGCAAGAGGCGCCAGGGGAGCAAGAGGAAGGGGUGGCGGUGGUGGAGGAGGAGCGGGCGGCAGGAGUGACGCUGUACUAUGAGACUGGGUGGCCGGAGGUAUUUGUGCACUUCAGUGCGGACGGCGCUGGUUGGACUGAUGUGCCGGGGUCGAGAAUGGACGACUCGCCUCUCAUUGGCUUGAAUGGACUGCCCCUCAAGGUUAGAACAUCUCAAGCCCCUCUCUCUGUCUCGCUCAUAGCUUCAAGCUUCGAAUGCCCUCUUCCCACCCUCUUCCCACCCUCUUCCCCCUUCCCCCUCUCUCCCCAGGUGAUCACCCUUCCAGUGACUGCAAUGGAAUUUGUCACCAACAAUGGAGGCUCGGACUGGGACAGUCCACCCCUCGGGGGAAACUAUACUGUCAACGGCCCAGGGAUAUACCUUCUCAGGUUAGGCCAAGUGGAAAACUUUAUUCCAUCAUAG